AUGGCUCUCCCCAGCACCCAAACCUCCAUCGCCAUCGCCGCUCCCCGCCAGCCCCUCGUCGCCGUGUCCUCGCCGGUGCACCCACCCCCGCCCGGGCACGUCGUCAUGCGCGUCCUCUGGGCCGCCUCGACGCCCCUCGACCUGCACCGCGCCGACGGCGGGCUCCUCGUCCCGUCCUACCCGUACCUGGCGGGCGGGGGCGGCGCCGCCGGCACCCUCGCCGCCGUCUCCUCCUCUGGCGACACCAAGGGCCUCGCCGUCGGGGACCGCGCCACCAGCUUUGCGUUUCGCGGCGGCGCCGAGGCCAACCACCAGGAGUACAUGACGGUCCCCGCGUACCUCGUCUCCAAAGUCCCGGACGGCAUCCCCCUCCAGGCGGCCGUCACGGUGCCGGUCAACCUCGUCACCGUGUUCCACGCCGCGGUCAGGGACCUGGGGCUCGCGCUGCCCUGGCCCCGACCGGCGGACGAUGGCGAGAUGCCGCAGAGGCAUCGCAGCAUCUUGAUCUGGGGCGCGAGCAGCAGCGUCGGCGUGUUUGCGGUGCAGGUCCUCCGCCACUGGGGCUACACGCGCAUCCUGGCCGUCGCGUCGGCGCGGCACCACGACUACCUGGCGGGCCUCGGCGCGACGGCGUGCUUCGACUACACGCGCCCUUUUGCGGUCGACGACGUGAGGCGGCACAUCAAGGAGCGGGACGGCGAGGGAGCGACGGUGCCGUACAUCCUGGACUGCAUCGGCUCGCUGCAGGGCACGCUGGCGCCGCUGACGCAGAUUGCGACCAGGGGCAGCGUCGUCGCCGUCAUGCUCCCCGUCAUUGUCAGGGACGCCAGCGUGGCCGAGGCGCCAGAGUACGAAAUGGAUGCGUCGCGGUGCUUGCCGGGCCAGUGGGCCGACGGCGUCGAGGUCCGCGGCGUCAGGACGCACUUUUACCUCGAUGAUCCUGAAUUCAGAGAAAAGAUGCAGCCAGAGAUGGUCCCGCAGCUGCUCGCGCAGGGCGUCGUGCAGCCCAACAGGCAGCGCGUCGUCGAGGGCGCCACGAUGCUGGAGCGCGCACAAAAGGCGCUGGAUCUGCUGCGCGACAAGGCCGUGAGCGGCGAGAGGCUCGUCUGGCGAGUCUCGGAGGAGUAG